AUGAGUCGCCUCUCGCACAUCUGCGCGGUUAGCGCGAUUAGUGAGUUGUUCCGCCCGCUGGCUGCGAACGGUGAGAGGAAAAACGUGUUGUACCUUUUAAACCUAACCAAGUUGCAUGUGUACGAGCAGCUACUCUUAGAGGAGUGCCUCUAUCGAAUCAGUAGCCCCCUGAGCCAGGGCAAAAACAACGUCGGUUUUGUACUCAUCAAUGAUACAUAUUCUAAUGCGAAGGAGGGAGAAAGAGGAGGAGGACAUGGAUUCACCUCACCAGAAAACAAGUGUGUCGUUUUCGGCAUCAGUGGGAAAGUACCUCAUUUUAUAAAGGAUGUGAAUUAUAUUCGUAAAAAUAAUAUUUCACUCAUUAGAAGAUACACAGGAGGGGGCACAGUGUAUAUUAAGAACAACUGCCUUAUGUUCAGCUUAAUCCUGCCUUUACAUUUUGCAGAGGACAGACAAUUGUAUCCCUCCAAUGUGACGGAAUGGGUGUUCAACUCGUUUUAUCAUCGCGUUUUUAACAACUCUCCAUCUGGGGAGGAGGAGGACGACAAAAAAAAAAAAAAUUCCAACACCUUUUGCCAUCACGAAAAUGAUUAUGUACAUCAAAUCUACGACCAUGUGAAUGAUGAGAUGAAGAUGAAAAAAUUUGGAGGCAAUGCGCAAGCCUUUUCUAAGAAUUAUUUUGUCCACCAUACCUCCUUCCUGUGGUCAUGUGAUUAUGCUGAAAUGGAAAGAGUACUUGUUAACCCUUCCAAGCAGCCCCAAUACAGAAAUAAAAGAAAUCACAAGGAUUUUUUAACCUCCCUGGAGGAAUGCCUACCUGGUGGUGGACACACCCCAAUGGGGUUCAUUGGAAAAUUCGUCUCAAACAUACGACAGUUAAUUAAGCAACAGAACGAUAAAAAUAAUGGCUCCUAUUGGCACUUUAAUCAGAUCGACUUGGGUAUCUCUAGCGAGUCUGUAAUCGCACCCGGGUCCCACAUCUUUGACGAAGUGCUCUCGGUGGAUAUAGACAUUUGGAAAAAUCUUUUUCGUUCCUUUUGCAGCAGCGAGGAGACAAGGAAUCUUCGGUCGACGCGUUUGUUGGAUCCCCUCGGGGGGGUGAUAUCCGACGAUGCCUUUUGCGGGCCCUCCUUCAUUUUGCGAUGA